AUGUCGCCGGCGGGAGGACCUGUAGGAUACAGCUGGUUACACCGGCGGGCGGACCUCGACCUGAGCUCCGCACUUACCCUUGUCCCCGUACACACACGGUCAGCUGUUCGCCCACAUCAAAGAUGGCAGAGGCUGCUUCCGCUUUCAACCCGGAAACGCUUCUUUACGGCGUCUUUUCGGAUUGGUUCGUCAGUGUCGUUAAACUCAGAGUCACACUUGGCGGCUGCAGUGGUUUGUUACGGUUUCGGGUGUGUGUCGGAGGCUGCGGAGAUGCUGAGUGCAUUGAAGAGUGACUCGUACGUGGAGCUGAGCCGGUACCGGGACCAGCGCUUUAAGGGUGACAGAGAUGAUCAAGAGAAGCUCCUGAAGCAAAGCUGCACAUUAUAUGUAGGAAACCUGUCAUUUUACACCACGGAAGAGCAGAUCUAUGAAUUAUUCAGCAAAAGUGGAGACGUGAAGAAAAUAAUCAUGGGUCUGGAUAAGGUGAAGAAGACGGCGUGCGGCUUCUGCUUUGUAGAAUACUACACCAGAGCAGACACUGAGCAAGCUAUGAGAUUUAUUAAUGGAACUCGGUUAGAUGAUAGAAUCAUCAGAACAGACUGGGAUGCAGGAUUUAAAGAAGGCCGACAAUAUGGACGUGGGAAAUCAGGCGGCCAGGUCAGAGAUGAAUAUCGCCAAGAUUAUGAUGCCGGAAGAGGUGGUUAUGGUAAAAUCGUACAGACAUUCUGAAGACAUGAAAAUCUUUCCAGCACAAACAAAAUCAUUUUGGUGUUUUGGAUCUUUACCAGCUAUUUCUAUGAGACGGUGUAUGUUUAAAGUUGACCUUUGUUAUGUGAAGGACAAUACAGAUGCGUAGGGUGCUAUCUAUUCAUACAUUUGUUUUUCUUGUCGUAUAUUACUACUCACAUUUUUUUUUAAUUAACUGUAUAAAGCUGCUCAACAAUU